GCUCUGUUUGAUUGCGUGACAAGGCGGUGUGCGGCAGAGCGUUCGUGAAGCGCAGUCGCCCUGGGCGAAGUUUGUGGGUUAAUUUCUUCACCUGAAAGAGCACCGGAAGAAGAAAAGCACUUAUUAUUAUUAUUGUUAUUAUUAUUUUCCCCGCCAUGUCCGACCAUGAAGAGGAGAUUGACAUGAUUCUGAGCAUGUUCAGCGACGAGUGUGAGCGGUACGAAGGCACGCCAGACUCCCUCCUCAUUCACUUGCCCUUUCGCUUUGAACUCCAGGUCACUCUUCCCCCAAAUGGCUACCCCGAUGAGAGCUACCCGCAGCUGUACCUUCUCUCAUGCCCGAACGCGCAACUCCGCACCAUUUUUUCGCAAGAGCUCAACAAACGUAUGCGCGACGAGAUCCCUUUUGGUGUUCCUAUGCUGGCGCUGCUGCUGCCGCUGGCCCAGACCGUGGCGGAGGAGCUGAGGGAAGCGAAGGAGAAGGCGGACCAAGCGAAGCAGGCUGAGGAAGACGAAGAGUCACUCAGCUUGCAACUCGAGGAGGAGUACCGCCAGGAGAUGGGCAUCGAUGUGUGGUCCGGCGACGUCAUCGUGGAUCGUCGAUCGCGCUUUGUGGCACACAUGGCGCGUGUGCACAGUCUUGCCGACGUGCGGCGCGUCGUAAUGUAUCUGCGUUCCAUUAAGCACAUUUCCUGCGCCGCUCACCCCGCCAUUUACGCCUACCGAUUCACGGAUGCAAACGGUGUACUGCAACAAGACACCGACGAUGACGGCGAAUCCGGUGCUUCGAUAAGGAUGGCGUUUCUGAUGGAUCAGCUGAGCGUGGACGGGUACGUGGUGGUCGUGACGCGGUGGUGGGGUGGCAUUUUGCUGGGCCCCGACCGCUUUAAGCACAUCAUGGAAGUGACGAAGAACAUCCUCCUGACAAUUCCAGAGCGGGAGAAGCAGCACGUUGCAGCAGCAACACCAGCAAAGCGAAAAUCUGCUCGCUGA